AUGUUUCGAUGCACCCCCUCUGCGCUUUUCAAGUCGCUUGCCGUGUGGGGCGGCGGCACGAUGGGUGGCGGUAUCGCGCAGGUUACAGCUCAGGCGGGUGUCCCAGUGACUGUGGUGGAGAUUUCGAAGGCGCGGCUGGACGUGUCGCGCAAGAUGAUCGAAGCGUCGUUGCUGCGCAUUGCCAACAAAAAAUGCGACAGAGAUGAAAGCAAGAUGAAGACGUUCGUGGACACGGUGCUUUCUCACAUCACGUUCACAACAAGCGAAUCCGUGGCUGCUGGCAACGCGGAGCUGAUCAUCGAGGCGAUUGUGGAAAACAUUGACGCGAAGAAGGAGCUCUUCGCUCGUCUGGACAAACUGGCACCAAGGUCGACGGUAUUCUGCUCGAACACAUCGUCGCUGAGUAUCACCGAGAUGGCGUCCGUGACAACCCGAACGGAGCGUUUCGCUGGCCUGCACUUCUUCUCGCCUGUGCCGAUGAUGAAGCUGCUGGAGGUGGUGCGCACCGAGGAGGUGAAGCCGGAGGUAAUCGAACAGCUGACCGCCUUUUGCAAGAAGGUGGGGAAGAUCCCCGUCAUUGCAAAGGACACUCCGGGGUUCAUCGUGAACCGCCUUCUCGUGCCCUAUCAAAUGGAGGCGUGCCGACUAGUCGAGCGUGGUGUCGCGACGUUCCAGGAUGUGGACACGGCUAUGAAGUUUGGCUGCGGCUACCCGAUGGGUCCGUUUGAACUCAGUGACAGUAUCGGCAUCGACGUGAUCAAGUUCAUUGUGGACGGCUGGCACAACAUGUACCCGGACGAGCCGCUCUUCAAGCCUUCACCCCUAAUCAAUGAGCGGGUCGCCGCUGGAAAGCUUGGUAAAAAGACUGGCGAAGGGUACUACAAGUACGACAGCAAGGGACACAAGAUCAACUCCUGA